AUGGGAGAUAUCCCCAACAGGCAGACGGCUGAGCCGCAAGUUGACCGCCCACGGAUGGGAAAAGAAUGGAUGAAAAUCAACGGUCCAUCAAUCCUUGUCUGGGGAACUUUCUGCAUCCUCGUGAUGGCUUCAACUGAACUCUUUGUUCGUCUGUGGCAGCAGACGAGAUCGGUUAUGGAAGACGACGAAUGCGCAGCCACCCGUUCGGACCUCGAGUUUAUGGUGGUGAUGAACCGAGUUGGGAUCAUAGUUCAGUGUUGUCUUUGCAUCAGGUUGUUGUGGCCUUUGACAAUGGGGAAGCCCGCGGACGGUUCCGCCUCGACGGCCACGACUGCGGAUUCAGAGGACAAGAGCAAUGAUUUGGUUGAGGGACAAGCUGUGAUGGAGGAGAAGAGCGCCAAUCUUCGGGUUGUCUUGAGUGAUUUGGAGAAGGCAAAGAAUGACCUCAAGAUGGCGAAGGAGUACCUUGAGGAGUCGAGGAAGGAACUUGAGGAGCUAAAUAGGAGCGUCAAUGCUCUGCUUGUUGCUCUGCAGAAGAAGCGGGCUUAA